CGGCGGGCGCUGCUUCUGAGCAGCCAGACGCGGCACGGUCGUUUUUAUACCUUCCCGCGCGGCAGCAACGGAAGGGCGGGGCGCCUCGUGAUUAGGUGGAGAAGGUGCGAGGGCGAGGAGUGGGCGGGGCCGGAGCUCCCCUCCCUGGGAGGCCGGAAGGCUCGGGGUUGCCUCGGCGUCGCGUUCUGUCCGCGGCUUGUGUCCCUUAGGUCACCAUCUCCGCUGCCAUGAAGGUGAAAAUUAAGUGCUGGAAUGGUGUAGCCACUUGGCUCUGGGUAGCCAAUGAUGAGAACUGUGGCAUCUGCAGGAUGGCGUUUAAUGGCUGUUGUCCAGACUGUAAGGUGCCUGGCGAUGACUGCCCCCUGGUGUGGGGACAGUGCUCCCACUGCUUCCACAUGCACUGCAUCCUCAAAUGGCUGAACGCGCAGCAAGUGCAGCAGCACUGCCCCAUGUGUCGCCAAGAGUGGAAGUUCAAAGAGUGAGGCCGGUGCUGUGCCCAUCCCCUCUCCCAGCACUGUGCCAGGCUCAGCCCCUUCCCUUCACCAGAUACGACAUCCUGAGACCCCCUCCUCACAGUGGUACCUAGGGACCUUGUUCUGUACUGGGGACAAGGAUGUGUUCCUUUUGGCUGAAACAAGGUUCACUUGUUUUUUGUUUUUCCCUAUCACAUCACUGACACUUUAUUCAAUAAGUAAAACUCAUUAAAGUUCUGAGCCUUGCUGGA